GGGCUGCAGGAGCUGGUGUCAGGGUUGCGGGCGUGCGAAGGCGGCGGAGGCGGGAAAGGCAGCUAGCGGUUAAAGGGGAGCGACCGCUGACUUGCAGAGGAACCUGGAGGAGAGAUGGUGAUGGCGGCUAAGAAGGGCCCGGGCCCGGGUGGCGGGGUCGGAGGGAGCAAAGCGGAGGCUGAAGCGGCUUCGGAGGUGUGGUGCCGCCGAGUGCGGGAGCUGGGCGGCUGCAGCCAGGCCGGGAACCGCCACUGUUUCGAGUGCGCCCAGCGCGGGGUCACGUAUGUGGACAUCACCGUGGGCAGCUUCGUCUGCACCACCUGCUCCGGCCUCCUGAGAGGCCUGAACCCCCCUCAUCGAGUCAAGUCCAUCUCCAUGACAACUUUCACUGAGCCUGAAGUCCUGUUCCUCCAAUCUCGUGGAAAUGAGGUCUGCCGGAAGAUCUGGCUUGGUCUUUUUGACGCUCGGACAUCACUGAUACCAGAUUCCAGGGAUCCUCAGAAGGUGAAGGAGUUUCUUCAAGAAAAAUACGAGAAAAAAAGAUGGUAUGUCCCCCCAGAGCAAGUCAAGGGACCCUCUUACAGCAAAGGUAGUGUCUCUGCUACCCCUGUCCAGGGCUCUGUCCCAGAAGGGAAACCCAUUCGGACACUUCUGGGAGAUCCUGUGCCAUCUCUCUCUGAUGCUGCUUCCAGUUCAAGCCAGUCUGUCAGCCAGUCUCAGGCACGCACAGCACAGGCCAGGAGCUCCCAGCCUCCUUCCCAUUCAUCCACCAAGAAAGCCAGCACCGACCUGCUGGCCGAUAUCGGAGGAGACCCCUUUGCUGCUCCUCAGGUGGUGCCCGCCUUUGCCUCAUUCCCAGGCUUUGGAGGCCAGACUCCUUCGCACGGAGGCUUUGCCAACUUCGAUGCCUUCAGCAGCAGCCCUGGCUCUUCUGCCUUUGGAAGCCUCCCCGCAUCGGUCCAAGCCCCGUUCCAGGCCCAGCCGACCCCUGCAGCCAAUCGGAUGCUAACUGGAAGUUACAGCUUUGGGGGUAGCCAGAUGUCUGCGUUUGGUGUUGCACCCCUUGCGGCUGCCAGUCAACCCAACAGCCUUGCAGAUGUGGGCAGCCUCCUGGGACCCAGGAUGGCUGCUGGAGGUCUCCCUGGCAGUGUUUUCGGGAUGCCCAGCCAGGUUCCUGUGUUGCAGUCGGCUGUGCCAGGUGUUAGCGGCAGUGCAGGACUCCCCUUUGGAGCCUUCACCAACCCCUUUGCCACCCCUCCCCAACCCCAGCUGCCUUCCACCAACCCAUUCCAGCCCAAUGGUCUAGCCUCAGGGCCUGGGUUCGGGAUGGGCAGUGUUCGGCCAGGCCUUCUCCAGCCAGUGCCACCCUCCGGGGCCUUCGCCAGUACCUUCCCUGCACCGGUGUUCCCCACACAGGCAGGGCUGGCUGAACAGCAGAACGGCUCUUCCUUUGGCGACGUGGGGACCUCUAAGCUGGGGCAGAGGCCACUGAGCCAGCCAGCUGGGAUCUCUACCAACCCUUUCAUGACUGGAUCCUCAGCGUUUGCCUCCAAACCUCCAACCACAAACCCAUUCUUAUAGCACUGUGUUAUCGGGGAAGAAGGGGCUCUCCCCUACCGGGGGGGUGGGAGUGGGUAACUUCUACAUCUGCUGCCCCCUCAGAGCCCUGGUGACCAUUUGCCUGUGGGACAUUUCUGUGGAUCUGAGGCUGGGGUUGAGCCUAGUUUGUGGGGCGUAUGGAUCCGGGAACAGAGGAGGUUUGGAAGCGUGGCUUGAGGCUUGUAGAUGAAUCAGACUCUAGCCUCCUGAUCUGGCGCCCAGGGGCUUCCUCUUCCUCACUAGACACCUAUCCAGGAAGAAGACCAGAAGGAGCAAAGAUACCCUCAUGGAGAGGCCCCAUAAUGGUGUAUUUCUGUAAAAUUUAUUAAGUAUGAAGAUAGCCUUUGAUCCUGUCCCUCCUGGCCUGUGGGGAGAGAAGUUAGGCCCAGCCCCAGCAGCAGCCUUCCCUGGAGGGAGCAGCUCCUCCACACCCAACCUUCCAAAGCUGCUGCAGCCCUCCCAGAUAGAAGCAAAGCCAGAAUGUAGGGCAAAGAUGAGGCCUGGUGCUGAAAGCCACCAGACAGCGCCGGGACUGCGGAGCUUCUGGUGUCCAGUGCUUUUGUUUUCCAGGCUCAGCCACACCCACUGUUCUCCACCUCAGUUCUUCCCAGCUGUCCCCCAACCUGGCGGUCAGGGUGGAGGAGUUUUCCUUACGGAGUAUGCGUGCCCGCCUCCUGUCAAGCACUUUAGUUAGCCCUGCCAUGUUUGGAUACCAGUGUUUUAUAUUUAUAAAUAGAGAAUUUUCUAAUAUAGCCUAUUAUAUACAUAAAUAUAUAUAUAUAUAUGCACACACAUAUGUAAACAGAUAAACACCAUUCUUUUUCCCCCAGACAACCCUUUAACUUGGGGGGAGUGGAGCUGGGCUUGGAACAGGCCCGUAGUCCUAGAGCUUGGGGGACUUGGGUAGGACGAUCACAAGUUCAAGAUUAGCCUGGACAAUUUUGAGACCCUGUCUCAAAGGAAAACAAGAAUAAUAAUAGUAAUAAAAAUGUCUCAGGAUGUA